GCACCGGAAGAGAAGAACGUCCUUUUCCCAGCCAUCUUGUGGCUUCAUCUAGCGAAGUGUUCGCACCAAGCCUCGUAGAAUCGGAGGAAAUCCUGCUGAAGGGGCGCCAUCAUGCCCGGACAAAUGCAAGAAGGUUUUGGCUGUGCCAUAACCAAUCGGUUCGACCAGUUAUUUGACGACGAGUCGGAUCCGUUUGAGCUGCUUAAGCAAGCUGAAGUAAAGAAGAAGGAGGCUCCUGCUCCUGGUGCCGCCAAGACUGCAGCCCAGGCUGCCAAGCAGCCGAAAAAGGAGUCCCAAAAAGACAGAAAGGUCCCCCUUACUGAUAAGAAGGAGGAGACCCAGGCCCCCGUCCCACUUAAGAAAGAUGGUGCCGGCAUGAGGAGAAUGGGCCGCAAGCCAGAGGGCGAAGGCUUCAGACCCCAGGGCGGCCAGGGAGAGGGGCGCCCCACCACAGACAGGCGGCCCGUGGACAGGCGGCCCCCACGCCGCUUCGACAGGCCUGCUGGUGAUGCGGGCGAGAAGCCAGAGGGAGGUGAAUUCUCAGUUGAGAAAUCUAUUGGUGAUAGGCCGAUGAGAGGACGCGGUGGUGCCAGAGGCGGCCGUGGCGGUGCCAGAGGCCGUGGGGUUGGACGCAACGAUGGCUUUGACUCCAGAGGAAAGCGUGAAUUUGAUAGACACAGUGGCAGUGACCGAUCUAUGAAGGGUGAGGAGAAGCGUGGUGGAAGUGGAUCUCACAACUGGGGCACUGUUAAGGAUGACAUAACCGAGCUUGACCAAUCGAACGUCACUGAAGAGAACCCUGAAGGCGAGGAGCAUCCACCGGCUGACUCUGAGAACAAGGAGAAUGAGGUCGAGGAAGUAAAGGAAGAAGGUCCCAAGGAGAUGACUCUGGAUGAAUGGAAGGCCAUGCAGGACAAGGAGAGGGCCAAGGUGGAGUUCAACAUCCGUAAGGCCAAUGAGGGAGCUGUGGAACAAGGAUUUGUGCUGCACAAGUCCAAGGCAGAAGAUAAGAAAGAAGAAGUGAUUGACCCUGAGAUUGAGGAGUCAAAGAUUGAGGAUGAACAUCACUUCCGGAAGCCAGCCAAUGACAUUACGUCCCAACUGGAGAUCAAUUUUGGAGACCUGGGCCGUCCAGGUCGUGGACGCGGGGGACCACGUGGUGGCCGGGGCGGACGUGGCCGCGGCAGUGGCAGCGCACCCAGCGCUGCCCCUGGCGAAGUCACUAGGCCGGUCCGCGGAGGAAGGACUGAUAAGUCAUCUGCGUCUGUGCCCAACGUGGACGACCCAGAGGCCUUCCCAGCCCUGGCUUAAGCCCAGGCUGCUGUCUCUCAGGCCUACAGGAGCCCCCUGAGCACCUCCACUACGAGGCUUGCAUGUUCCUGGAUCCUUCAGCAAAGUCAAAUGAUGGAGAAGACUGUCAUUAACCAUGACACUCAAAGUGAGGACUGAGUUUUACCCAAUAAAAACAAAACGAAGAUGGAAAAAAAAACAGAAAUUAACAAAAAAAAACAAAAAAAGAAAAGGACUUCUUGCUACUCUGGAGCAACUUAUUGGUAGAGGUUUUGUACUUGGAAACAAAGUAGCAGGGAUGUUUUCAUACAGUAUUUUUUUCAGAGGUUAUGCAUUGUCCAUUGAUACAUUUUUGUAAUUGCUGCUUGAAAAUGUGCAUUUCAAAAUGUAAGAAUAAGAAGGGUGUCUUUAGCUUGGUGUGAGCCAUUGCUUGCUCACUUUGAUAGCCACUGUUAAGCUCCAACCCAAGCUCAUAAGCUCUGCCGCACCAGGUAUUUCUGAUGAGGUUACUGCAUUGCUUAAGAUUUAUGGAUUAUUAUUUUCUUUAGCACUGGGAUAUUGUUUUAUAUUUUAUACAGGAGGUCUAUUCUUGUAUGAUCUUUGGCCUGUAAAUGUUAACUAUUUUCAUAAAUUCUUUCAGACUGUUCACAUGGUGAAAAUAAGACACGCCUUGAUCUUGGAUCAAGUGUUGCUGCCUACAUUUGAAUACUUUGAUGGAAUGGCGCCUAAAUCUGUAUUAAGGUUGUUUUUAACGAAAAUGUUCUAAAGGAAAAAUAUUGGCUCAUUUUUGAGGAACACAUUGGUGGUUACUCUCCUAAAUUUGCAUUUAUCCUGAGAAUUGUCAAGUGGAAAGCGGAAUGUUAUUCCAUUUGUUCUGUAUUUGGGAUGCUAUUCACCAUCUAAUAUCACGUUCUCGCUGCCCAUUUCAUCUUUGAUUACCAGCCAAGUGCAACUCAAAUAAUGGCUUUGUUUUUACUUUCAAGAGUGAUAAAGAGAGGAAGUGUCUUUACACAGUUGAGAUGCGGCUGUAGUCUUCUGGAAGCCCUCAGACCAUCUCCCGACUGUUAACACACUCCACUCGAGCAUCCUUCCACACAUGUAAACUCAGCCUAGCAUCAGUUUGUUUUUGCAGUCUCUUCUGUGCUGAUAUAUUCCUCCCACGGUUGACUUGCCCUGUAGCUUCCACAGUGGUACCACUGCAUAAUUGCUCUGAAAGAAAUACAGUCGUUCAUUGUGUGGAACAAUUAAAGUGCUUUACAAAUGUGUGAAUUCUUGCCCUGCUAUUAGAGACCUCUGUCGGUAAAUAAAGAUGGUCGCUAAAUCUUU